CUAUCCAAAUUAGCAUCUUGUGUGUAUCGUAUCAUGGUAAAUGUAGAGCGGAUGUAGAAAUUUUCAUAAAUGUGGCAAGGUGUACAUUCUAUACAUAAAAAGUGACGUCACUACGUUAUUGUCAGUAAGACCGGUGUGACACAAUGGCAAUGUGUAUAUAAAGAUAUAAAACACGCAGAAAGAAAUUGGACGAUACCGUUAUGUUCUGCGUCUGUCAAACCUUUAAUCAGCUAAACGAUUUAGGAUACGAAUUCGACCCUUGAUAAACAGGCCGAACAAAGACAUCACACCCCGCACCAUCCUACCUGGUAACGUCUACCACCCGCACUCCCCAUGGCGGCAACGAACAUCACGAGCGCGUUUAGUAACACCGGCGUCGGCGGCGCGGAUAUCGUCGUCAUAGUUGUCUACCUGGUCUUUUGUCUUCUCGUCGGCCUCUGGGCAACAUGGCGGACUCAGCGGUCCAGCGUUCAGGGGUACUUCCUUGCCGGUAGGGACAUGCUGUGGUUUGCGAUUGGAGCGUCCCUGUUUUCCAGUAACAUUGGUAGCGGAAGUUUCGUCGGGCUCGCCGGCACUGGUGCGGCGUCGGGAAUAGCAGUCGCCAGCUACGAACUAAAUGGCCUGUUCUGUCUGCUGUUGCUGGCAUGGUUGUUUGUUCCUGUCUACAUUGCCAGUGGGGUUUACACACUUCCGGAAUACCUAAAGCGGCGGUUCGGCGGUCAGCGGCUGCAAGUGUACAUGUCCGUCCUGGCACUGCUCAUUUACGUUUUCACUAAGAUAUCGGCCGACAUCUAUGCAGGGGCUAUCUUCAUUCAGCAAUCAAUUGGUUGGAACAUGUACGUGGGAAUAAUUGUUCUGCUGGCCAUCACGGCCGUAUAUACCGUAUCGGGCGGACUUAAAGCUGUGAUCUACACAGACACACUACAGACGGUGAUAAUGGUUGGAGGAGCAUUUGUCCUUAUGGCACUGAGUUACGCAAAGGUAGGCGGCUUGAAUAAGCUUUACAAGGCCUACCCGGCGGCCAUCCCAUCGCCUCUUGUUAACGGCUCCGACUGCGGCGUGCCGACGGGAGCGGCGUUCCACCUGCUUCGGGACGCCAGCACCGGUGAUCUCCCCUGGCCCGGGAACAUCUUUGGGAUCACCAUUCUCAGCAUGUGGUACUUUUGCUCUGACCAGGUGCUGGUGCAGCGCUCCUUGGCGGCCAAGAACAUGCACCACGUGAAGGGCGGUUCCAUACUGGCCGCCUACCUCAAGAUCAUUCCGCUCUUCACAAUCGUGUUUCCGGGAAUGAUCAGUCGCGUGCUUUUCACGGACCAGGUGGCGUGUGUGGACCCGGACGUGUGUCGGGCGGUGUGCGACAACCCGGCCGGAUGUACCAACAUUGCCUACCCGAAACUAGUGGUGGAACUCAUGCCGCUUGGGCUCAAGGGGCUGAUGUUAGCGGCCAUGAUGGCGGCGUUGAUGUCAUCACUGACGUCAGUGUUCAACAGCUCGAGCACGAUAUUCACGAUCGACAUCUGGCACAGGGUGCGCCCGGGGGCCUCCGACGGGGAACUACUGGUCGUCGGCAGAGUGUUCGUUCUGGUAUUGGUCGGAGUGAGUGUAGUCUGGAUACCAGUGCUGCAGGCAUCACAAGGGGGACAACUUUUCAACUACAUCCAGUCUGUUACUGGAUACCUCGCACCACCAGUUCUCUCCCUUUAUCUUUUAGCCAUCCUCUGGAAACGAACAAAUGAACAGGGUGCAUUCUGGGGACUUAUGUCGGGACUGGUGGUAGGACUUAUUCGGAUGGGCCUCGAUUUUGGAUACGGAAGUCCCGGAUGUGGCGAGGAAGACACGCGGCCGGCCGUCAUCUCCAAGAUCCACUUCCUGCAUUUCACCAUCAUCCUGUUUGUCGUCAGUUUGGCGGUCACCGUCAUCGUGUCACUGAUGACGUCACCGAUACCGGACAAACACUUACAUCGUCUGACGUGGUGGACCCGGCAUAGCCAGACGACGCGGGAACCAUUCGCAGAGGAACUGGCCUUCACACAGAAAGCUGAUCUCGCCAGGGCCACACAAAUGGAGGAGCAGGCGGCAAAAAAUCAAGGACCACUCCCUACUUGGCGCCGUGUGUUAUAUGUCGUCUGCGGCUACGAAUCUCCGCACACGCAGCAGAUGGUAACGGAAGAAGAGAAGCUGGCGCAGCAUAAGUUACUGACGUCAAUCGAGGAGAAACCGCGCUGGAAGCUGUUCGUAAACAUCAAUGCCGUGGUCCUGAUGUUGAUCGGGAUGUUUUUGUGGGGAUUUUACUCUUAAGAUUAUCACCCAUUCUGGAUUUCAUAACUUAAAAUGUAAGCGAUAAGGUCAUAUCGAUUUUUUUAUUAGUAGAUCUAGAUAAAAGUUACAAUACAACUUCAAAUCAAACAAAAAACAUUACAAAUAUGGAAUACCGGUAAAAACCAUGUUAAAGCGUCGGUAUUUUGCAUUGUUUAAUUGUGUUGUGUAGCCUGAACAAACUGUCUCUUUUUAUCAUCAUUAGGAUUGCAUACACACAUUUUAAAAAUUGAUUGUUCUGUGAUUUCUUAUCCCUCACAUAAAUUAAUAGUGUUUUCAUCCUCCACAUUACUGUGAUUGAUUUAAUGUCUGCUGCCAAACAUUAUAUUGAACAUACGCAUGUACGUUACUUUAUUAUUAAAAUAUUUAUAUAAUUUGUCAAAGAGAUCACAUGCUAUUAGAACUAGAAACGCGUUUUAAGAAGUCGAUUCGUAGUUUUUUAUGGUGAUAUAUGUAGGACAACAAUACUUAGUAUAGUUUUAUAGUCAUUCUUCCGUUUUAUUUUAGUUAUGAUAUGUACAUCCGUAGUGUUGGCUUCACGUGGCUUUUAUUGUACGUACAUUCACUUUAUUAUGUGUAAGGCUUUUUUGUUCUCUUUGAUGUUCAUAUAAUAAAUACAGCUUUGCGUCAGAUGUCACUUAGUAACUAAUAAAGACAUGCUUCUGGUUCGUUAAAUAAUAAAAUGCAACAUAAGCUA